UGUCCGCCAUUGAAGGGUCGCUAGUGAGCAGUGGAGGAGAGGGAAGAGAGGGUCAGAGUCACUUCAACAACACGGGCGAACGCUUCUCUUUCCUCCGCUCUGCUCUCGGGCUCGGUUCGUGGACGCUGAAUAAAACUCGUUAGUACUCACGACUCGGGCUACAUUAAUGGAAACUUCCAGUCACGUCGGGAUAUUUGUGUAGCGAAUUUAAAAACGGCUGCUGAGCAAAGUUACCUAGCUAGCAAAGCUAAUUUAGCUAGCUGGCUAGCUCUAGUUUUCGGUGUUCUAGAAGCUCGUGCGUUAGCUUUAGCAUUAAGGUCGGUAAGCGAACACGCCUUGGCGUAUUACUGCUGUUUCUUUUUAAUUCUGGGGCCGUUUGAUGGAUCCUAGAAUCGCCUGGUUUCAGCCAGAACAGCGCGGACCCGCUAACAGCCUGUGGAUGCAGAUUUGGGAGACGACGCAGGGCCUCGGUAAUUUGUACUUUCACGGGAACGGAGGCAGCAAUAGCAACAACAGCGGAGGAGCGGCAGGAGGAGGAGGAGGAGGCGGCGGCGGAUACAGCUCGAGCCCUAAGCCGAGCGGAGACGGUGUGAUAGUGGCGGACAGUAGCGUGGGUCCUGACUGCGGCGAACCGAAACACCGGGGGAUGUCCGGAGAAAUCGCAGAGCAGCGAGACUUCAUACCGUUGGAAAGCAAUAAUGUCAUUAUCAAUAAUAACCACCACAACCAGCGGAGCGCGGCGGUGGCAGGGGCGGGCCGGGGCGGCGGUGGAGCGUGGAGCGGCGCGCAGGACGCCGCGGCGCAGCGCAACAAGCGCAAACGGGAGAACAAGGCGAGCACGUUCGGGUACAACCGCAGCCUGUUACUGAACGGAUCCUCCGGCCCGGACCCGUACGCGGGCACGCCGUGGAAACGGAGAAACUACUCCGGGGGAAUCGUCGGGCUCCAUGAGGAGAUCAAAGACUUCUACGAGUACAUGUCUCCUCGGCCAGAGGAAGAGCGGAUGAGGUUGGAAGUCGUCGACAGGAUCCAGAGAGUCAUCAAGGACUUAUGGCCCAGUGCAGAUGUCCAAGUGUUUGGCAGUUUCAGUACCGGCCUGUAUUUGCCUACGAGUGAUAUAGAUCUGGUAGUGUUUGGAAACUGGGAGACACUUCCUCUAUGGACGCUGGAGGAGGCGCUGCGCAAGAGGAACGUCGCAGACGAGAAUUCGGUCAAAGUGCUCGAUAAAGCAACGGUUCCGAUUAUCAAGCUGACAGACGCUCACACUGAGGUCAAAGUGGACAUCAGUUUUAACGUGCACAGCGGCGUGAAGGCCGCCAAUCUCAUCAAAGACUUCAAAAAGAAAUUCCCCGUGCUGCCGUACCUGGUGCUGGUGCUAAAACAGUUCCUGCUGCAGAGAGAACUGAAUGAGGUGUUUACUGGAGGCAUUGGGUCCUACAGCCUGUUUCUUAUGGCUGUCAGCUUCCUACAGCUACACUACAGAGAGGAUGUGUGCAGUCCCAACUCCAACAUGGGCGUCCUGCUCAUCGAGUUCUUCGAACUGUACGGCCGCCAUUUUAACUACCUGAAAACGGGCAUCAGGAUUAAAGACGGCGGCUCGUACGUGGCUAAAGACGAGGUUCUGAAAGGCAUGCUCGACGGAUACAGACCGUCCAUGCUGUACAUCGAGGAUCCGCUACAGCCGGGCAACGAUGUUGGAAGGAGCUCAUAUGGGGCCAUGCAGGUGAAGCAAGCGUUCGAUUAUGCGUAUGUGGUUCUGAGCCACGCCGUUUCUCCCAUCGCCAAACACUAUCCCAACAACAAAUCUGAAAGUAUUCUGGGUCGAAUAAUCCGAGUCACGCAAGAGGUAGCAGAGUACCGUGAUUGGAUCAGCACGCACUGGGGCGGGCAGUCGCAAAGCGAGGCAGCUUACAACUGCAACGGAAACGACGUCACCCUCCUGGUGGAACCUCAGGAGCUCGACGAAUGUAACAACAACUUACCUGACGAGAUCGUCGUCCUUCCUCCAGCACCACGGAGUAAAGCGUCUUCCAACUCCUCCUCCCCACCUCCUUCCUCACCCUCAUCAUCGUCUUCAUCCUCCUCGCCCUCUCCUUCCUCCACGACGUCCAGUGAUGCAGAUUCGGACGGAACGCCGUGCAAGACAGUGAAACAGCUGCCUGGCCGGGGCUCUGGUGCUCACCGAGAAAAUCCUGAGAGGAUUCUGGUCAAUCACAGAGCUCAGAGUCAUCCCAUGACCACACCCACUACAGGCCACAAAGGCAGCAAGAGCCGGCAGUUUCGGCCGAGCAAAAGCUCCCCAGCCCAACAGAGCGUCUCUAACAGCAAGAGCCACCAAAGCAGCAAGCCCCAUCACCACGCCACCGGCAAGAGACGGAAAAACCAGCGGGAUGCAGUGCACGAGGACCUGUGCAGAUAGGAGGCGCUUUUUUUUUUUUUUUUCCUUCUUCCCAGACACUCACCUACUCUUACUUCCCUGACCAUAAGGGCACGCUGCCAGUGUUAUUGGGCCCCCUCUAACCAGAUCUGAUAUUUUUAAAGCAGCGGUUUAAAAAAAAAAAAAUCCAGUGUGGAGAUCUGGGGACAAGUAAAUCGGGAGGGAGCUUUUUUUCUUUUUUUUUUUUUCUCUCUCCCCCCCCCUCCAUUCUUCCCUACUGGCUUCUUUACUGCUUGUGCUUGGUGUGGUGGAGUUUUUGGUGUCCUCUCCACCUCUCCACCACAGAGACCCUUCUCUUAUUGGUGUGGAGGACCAAAGACUUGGAAAAAAAAAGAAAAAAAAAAAAAAGACAGAGACUCUCAAAGGAGCAAUAUCCUAAAGCGCUGGACUUUAAGAGGAAAGUGAAAAUUAAAAAAAAAAAAAAGAGCCAAAAAAAAAAUUAAAUGAGUGAUUUUUAAAAGUGCAAAAAAAAAAAAAAAAAAAACCCACACACAAUCAUUGAAAUUCAGGACCGGAAUUAUGCAUGAAGGUUUUUUUUUUUUUUUCCUUUUUUUUUUUUCUUUUUUUUGGGAAGAGUGAAAUCUUUUGUCAUGCGCUGAUUAGAUGGAUUUGUAUAAAACAAAAACAAAAAAAAAAUCCAAAAAAAUGAUAAAAUGCCUCUAAAUCAUAAGGAAAAUUUCAUAAGUUUUUACAGGAUCGUUACCUUUUUUGACAGAUGUGUAAACACGACUUCACAGAGCCAAACUGGGAUUUAAGUUCAUCGAAUCAUCAGCAUUGUGUGUGUGAGGAUAUGGUGUUGAUAUCUGGAUUGUGAUUGUGUUCUUGGAGGUGCGUGAGAUGGAUCAAGUGCACGUAUUUGUCGUCUGUUGGGUGUGACCGUGCGCGCACACAUACAAACACACACACAUACAAACACACACUCACUCGCACACACUUUUUCAUUCAUCGGAAACUGACAAAGGGUUGCUGGUGUACAGAAGUGAUUUGUGUUUCAGCUCUGUGCUAAAUGAAAGGAUAUUUUACAAAUCACUACCCAGUCCCCCCCCCCCCCCCCUCCCCUUUCUGUAGAGUAUCAAACCCCAAAUUAUUUGAAUUGUAUGCAUAUUUAUUAUUUUUUUUUUUUUUGGAAACUUGAAGUAUAGAUAUAUAUUAUAUAUAGACAUGUUAUAGAUGUGUAUCUACGGGCAGAUGAGGAUGAUGUGAACGUCACUCAUCUGAUAUUGUGGCUAAGUCACUGUUUAGUUUAUUAUAAAUUUUUUUUUUUUUCCCUUUCAAACAAUUGAACUCUUCAGUGACCAAUUUGUUGUCUAAACCUUGACAGAGACCAUUUUAAACAAAUUGUUUUAACCUGUAGUUGGUCUCCUUACCUUACAAAAUGGAGGUUAGUAAAUUUCCCCCCCCUUCAGGUUUUUUUUUUUUUUUUUAACUUUUUUCCUGUGUAUGUAUGUUUUUCCCCUCGUCAUAAACUGUCACUGCAGUACAUCAACUGACCACUAGAUGGUGGUGGGACCCCUUUUUUCCCUUCCCCAGAAGUUCCAAAUGAUCUUGUUAGAUUUUCCCAUAAAUAUCAGUUUUUAAGUCUGAAUGUGGAUCAGAAGGAACGGUUGUAUGAAAAUGGAUGAUAUUAGGAAGUGAAAGGAGAGAGGACGAGCGCUCGAAGGGUCUCCAGUGCCAUUGAGAAUGUCUGUCUGGUGGUUAGACAAAUUGUAUUCAUGAGUACUCAUGCAAUAAACUGCAGCACAAUUAAACAAACAUACAUGCUAUUUUCA